CUGUAAUUUUUAGUUUUUACAUGCUUAAUUGUGCAGAUUUUGUAUCAUAGAGGGGCCUGAAACAGUGCAGGACUUUGCGACAAUGGAGCUGCAGGAAAUUCAAGAUAAUAUUCGGAGUCGUCGCAACAAAAUUUUCUUGCAUAUGGAGGAAGUUCGCGGGCUGAGGAUACAACAGCGGAUUAAACGUGCAGAGCUUGGAGCGGUAAAUGAAGAUCAAGAAAACGAACUUCCUAGUUUUCCAUCGUUCAUUCCAUUUUUGCCUCCCCUGAGUUCAGACAACCUUAAGCAAUAUUAUGCUGUUUGUUAUUCAAUUAUUGCGGGGUUUAUCCUUUUCGGUGGCCUCAUAGCACCCUCCUUGGAGUUGAAGCUGGGAAUAGGAGGCACAUCAUAUAAAGACUUUAUAGUAAAUAUGCAUCUGCCGUUGCAGUUGAGUCAAGUUGAUCCCAUAGUGGCGUCAUUCUCUGGAGGAGCAGUCGGAGUGAUCUCAGCAUUGAUGGUAGUUGAAAUAAACAAUGUGAAACAGCAGGAGCAUAAACGAUGCAAAUAUUGUCUUGGAACUGGAUAUCUUGCUUGUGCUCGUUGCUCCAGCACUGGAACCCUUGUUCUUACUGAACCAGUAUCGACAGCUGAUGGCGGAAACCAACCCCUAUCUCUGCCAAAAACUGAACGAUGUUCAAAUUGCUCAGGAGCGGGAAAGGUAAUGUGCCCGACAUGCCUUUGCACUGGAAUGGCGAUGGCAAGUGAACACGACCCUCGGAUCGAUCCCUUUGAUUAGAAGUGGAGCGGCAUCGGUAGUCGUUCCCUUACCACUUACAACCUUCUCUCUCUUUUUUGAUGCAAAUGCAAUACAUACAUCCUCUCAUAAGUCGUGUCAUAAGCAAGGAACGUCUGUAUACAUCAACUGUUCAAGAAUUUGACCAGACAUGUGAUUGCGAUUCAAAAG